GUUUUUAAAACAUCCUCUCUCUUCUGCGUUUAUUCCUUUCCCCACACAACUUCCUGCCGCCAUGCUCAGGUCAAUUCCAAAACAUAUCCGUAUACCGUCUCGAUCAACGGCUCAGCCCGCUAGGGCCAUACUCUCCCUCUCUGCUGUCCAGCGACAUACUCAAAAACGAAGCUAUGCUGCAGAGGCCGUCGCUCCCAGUAAGAAUGAUGCCUUCGCCAACGGCGGAAAUGCGUACUACACUGAGGAGAUGUACCGCCUCUGGAAACAAGACCCCAAGUCUGUCCAUGUAUCCUGGCAAACUUACUUCUCUGGCCUCGACAAGGGUCUUCCUUCUGCUCACGCUUUCACUCCUCCCCCCGGUGUUCUCUCUGGUGCCGUUCCUACCCCUGCCGGCGGAAGCCCCAAACUUUCUGUUGAGGGCAGUGGUGAUGUCACUGAUUAUCUUAAAGUUCAACUUUUGAUCCGUGCCUACCAAGUUCGAGGUCAUCACAUUGCCAACCUCGAUCCUCUUCGCAUUUCUGGUGCCGAUCUCGACGGUCGUGUCCCUCCUGAGCUUAAACUCGACUACUAUGGUUGGACUGAAGCCGACAUGACGAAGGAAUUCAGGCUUGGCGACGGCAUUCUCCCCCGAUUCAUGGGUCAGGUCAAGGACGACACGAUGACUCUGGGUCAGAUCAUUGAUGAGCUCAAGCAGAUGUACUGUACCCACGUUGGCUGCCAGUACGUUCACAUCCCCGACCGGGGACAAUGCGACUGGAUCCGGGAGCGCGUCGAAAUUCCUACCCAAUGGAACUACUCCACCGAGGAAAAGAGGAUGAUUCUUGACCGACUCAUGUGGUCUGAGCUUUUUGAAAAGUUCAUUGCCUCCAAAUACCCCAACGAGAAGCGUUUCGGUCUUGAGGGUUGCGAGUCUUUGAUCCCUGGUAUGAAGGCGCUCAUUGAUCGUUCCGUGGAUGCUGGUGUCAAAUCUAUCGUUCUUGGUAUGCCCCACCGUGGUCGUCUUAACGUCCUUGGUAACGUCAUCCGAAAACCUAUUGAGGCCAUCUUAAACGAGUUCAAGGGUAACGAGGAUGCCGACGAUACUGGCGGUGGUGAUGUCAAAUACCACCUCGGUGCCAACUACAUCCGUCCUACUCCCAGCGGCAAGAAGGUUUCCUUGUCCCUUGUUGCCAACCCUUCGCACUUGGAGGCUGAAGACCCAGUUGUCCUCGGUAAGACCAGGGCUAUCCAGCACUUUGAAGGUGACGAGGGAGACGGAUCCUCUGCCAUGGGCGUUUUGCUCCACGGUGACGCUGCCUUUGCUGGUCAAGGUGUUGUUUACGAGACCAUGGGUAUGCAAAACCUUCCCAACUACGGCACUGGUGGUACCGUCCACUUGAUUGUCAACAACCAAAUUGGUUUCACCACCGACCCCCGAUUUGCCCGUUCUACCCCUUACCCCUCUGAUAUUGCCAAGUCUAUCGACGCCCCCAUCUUCCACGUAAACAGUGACGAUGUCGAGGCCGUCAACUACGUCUGUACCCUCGCUGCUGACUGGCGAGCUACCUUCAAGAAGGAUGUAGUUAUCGAUAUUGUCUGUUACCGACGAUACGGUCACAACGAGACUGACCAACCCAGCUUCACUCAGCCAAAGAUGUACAAGGCUAUUCAAAAGCAACCUACCGUCUUGUCUAUCUACACCGACAAGUUGAUCAAGGAAGGUACUUUUACUGAAAAGGAGAUUGACGAGCACAGGCAAUGGGUUUGGGGCAUGCUUGAGAAGGCUUACGACGGAUCCAGGGACUACAAGCCUUCUCCCCGAGAAUGGCUUUCCUCCUCUUGGGAAGGUUUCCCUUCUCCCAAGGAGCUUGCCGAAGAGGUUCUCCCUCAGCACCAUACCGGUGCCAGCGAGGACGCCCUCAAGCGUGUUGGUCAGAUCAUCUCUAGUUUCCCCGAAGGUUUCCACCCCCACAAGAACCUUGCGCGAAUUAUUGGCAACCGAGGCAAGACUGUAGCCGAAGGCAAGAACAUUGACUGGUCUACUGCUGAAGCUCUUGCUUUCGGUACUUUGUGCCUUGAGGGUACUCACGUUCGAAUCUCCGGUCAGGAUGUUGAGCGUGGUACUUUUUCUCAGCGACACGCUGUCGUCCACGACCAAAAGACUGAACAGACUCACAUCGCUCUCAAGCACCUGGAUGCUGACCAGGGCUCUUUCACUGUCACCAACUCUCACUUGUCAGAGUUUGGUACUCUCGGUUUCGAGCUCGGUUACUCUCUUGUCUCCCCCAACAGUUUGACUAUCUGGGAGGCUCAGUUCGGUGACUUUGCCAACAAUGCCCAAUGUAUCAUUGACCAAUUCAUUGCUGCGGGUGAGCGAAAAUGGCUCCAGCGAACUGGUCUGGUUCUCUCCUUGCCUCACGGUUACGACGGUCAAGGUCCCGAGCACUCUUCUGGUCGUAUCGAGCGAUUCCUCCAGCUCUGUGACGAUGAGCCCCGAGUGUACCCCUCGCCUGAAAAGUUGGAGAGGCAGCACCAGGACUGCAACAUGCAGGUCGUCUACCCGACUACUCCUGCCAACUAUUUCCACGUUCUCAGGCGACAAAACAAGCGUGACUUCCGAAAGCCCUUGAUUGUCUUCUUCUCCAAAUCCCUUCUCCGACAUCCUCUUGCCCGAUCUUCUCUCGAGGAGAUGUCUGGUGACUCCAAGUUCCAGCGAUAUAUUCCCGAACCCCAUCCUGAAUCCCUUGUCGAGCCUGAGAAGAUCCGACGACACAUUUUAUGUACUGGCCAGGUCUACUUCCAGCUCCUCAAGGAGCGUGAAGAGCGAGGUAUCAACGACGUUGCCAUUUCCAGGAUUGAGCAAUUGUCUCCCUUGCCUUAUGACCGUUUGACUCCUCAUCUUGACAAGUACCCCAACGCUGAUCUUGUCUGGGCCCAGGAGGAGCCUCUCAACAAUGGUGCCUGGACCUACGUUCAGCCUCGACUCAUCACCGCCCUCCAGGAGACUGAGCAUCACAAGUCCAAGAUCCCAUUCUACGCUGGUAGGAAACCUAGCAGUUCCGUUGCUACCGGUUCCAAGUAUGCGCACAAGAAGGAGAUUGAGAUGAUCAACGAGAUGGCUUUUGCUCCUUCCGAAGGACAGUAGAGCGUGGUGUUGGAUGGAGAUGAAUGAAUGGGGGGGAGGGGGGAAAGCGUUUGUUGUAGUAGGUGAUAUAAAGGGGGGGAGAGAGCAUGUGGAAGAAUGAAGCGUUCUCUUUUUGACAUUCUGUACUAUUUGACCUCUAAAUGCAAUUGAAUCAUUGGUUUUUUA